CUAAGCCCUCGGAUAAGGGGGGAGGGACGGAGUUGCAAGGGUUUUGAAUUGCCAUGAAAUCAAUUGCCCAUUACUUCAGCCCGCUCCAAACCCGACCCGCCUUCCCUCACCGUCCCUCCAAACCACUCCCAAUCAAGCCUUCCUACCACCGCAUCGCAGCCCCGCCGCCGCCCAACGCAGCCGAAGACGACGGCAUCCCCAUCGACCAAGUGAAGACCCUCGCUAAAUUCAAGUCCCGGCACAACUACAUCCGGGUCCUGGAAGUCUCCCGGAAAGCCGACCACCCCUUCGCCGGAUCCCGCCUCCUCCUCCUCGACUCCCCCGGAAACAUCCACAGCAUCUCCUUCCUCUUCCACCGCCUCACCACCACCUACUUCGACGUCUUCGCCACCCUUCCCCCCAUCCUCCCGCCAGGACCGCUCGGUAUUCUCGGGUUCGGAGCCGGGUCGGCCGCCCGACUGAUCCUGGACCUCUAUCCUACCGGGGCCAUCCACGGGUGGGAGCUCGACCCGGCUGUAAUCUCGGUCGGGAGAGAGUAUUUCGGCCUCUCGAGGCUCGAGAAGCAGCACCCAGAUCGUCUCUUCGUCUACAACGGCGACGCGCUGAACGCCGAGGUCAAAGACGGGUUCUCGGGUCUGUUGGUGGAUUUGUUCAGCAAAGGGUGUCUGGUUCCGGAGCUCCAGGACCCGAGGACAUGGGAGAGGUUGAAGCGCAGGCUGAGGAGCGGCGGGAGGAUGAUGGUGAAUGUCGGCGGGAGCUGCGUGGAGGCCGAGGAUUCGUCGAGAGACGGGAAGGUGAUAAUGGAAGAGACAUUGGCGGCGUUGCGUGAAGUAUUUCCAGGUGAAGUCUUUGUUUUGAGUCUUGGGCAUGGGAAGGAAGAUAGCUCCAUUGCUCUUACUGGGGAGCUGCCUGAUGUUGAGUUGUGGAAGAAGGCGUUGCCCAAAGCUUUGAGGUUCUAUGCUGAUAUGUGGACGCCAUUUACGGGUUGAUGAAUUUGAAUUCUUCUGGGUUUGUUCUUGUUUUUCUGAUAUGUGCCUGGAUGUUGUUCGAAUCGAGCUAAACUUUUGACUAUGAAAUGGAAAAUUGCACGAAAAGGGAAGGCUUGUUGGAGGGCAGUUUGCUACUGCCUUUCUUCUGUUUGCAUAAA